AUGUCGUUAUCUGCAUCGUAUUUUCAUCUCUUAUUCUUAAUCUUUCUAUCUUUCCUUUUUUUCUUUCUUUCAAAACUUGUAUUCAUUUCACCCUUCUUUCCUUCUUUCUUUCUUUCUUUAAAUACCUGUAUUGCUUUCAGUAUUCCUUUUUCUUUCUUUCUUUCUUUCUUUCUUUCUUUCUUUCUUUCAAUACUUACAUUCUUAAAUACCUAUAUUCCUUUUACCCUUCUCUCUCUCUUUCUUUCUUUGUAUAAAUACUUACAUUCCGUUCAGCCUUCUUUUUCCUUUCUUUCUUCCUUUCUUUCUUCCUUUUUCUUUUUUUUCUUUAUUUCUUUUUUCUUUCUUUCUUUCUUUUUCUUUCUUUCUUUCUUUCUUUCUUUCUUUCUUUCUUUCUUUCUUUCUUUCUUUCUUUCUUUCUUUCUUAAAUACCUAUAUUCCUUUUAUCCUUCCUUCUUUUUUGUUUGUUUUAGUCCUUUCUUUCUUUCUUUCUUUCUUUCUUUCUUUCUUUCUUUCUUUCUUUCUUUAAAUACUUAUAUUCCGUCCAGCAUUCUAUCUUUCUUUAUUUCUUUAAAUAAGUAUAUUCCGUCCAGCCUUCUUUCUUUCUUUCUUUCUUUCUUUCUUUCUUUCUUUCUUCUUAAAUACCUAUAUUCCUUUUAUGCUUCCGUCUUUUUUGUUUGUUUGUUUGUUUGUUUGUUUGUUUGUUUCUUUCUUUCUUUCUUUCUUUCUUUAAAUACCUAUAUUCCUUUUAACCUUCCCUCUUUGUUUGCUUCCUUCCCUCUUUCUUUCUUUCUUUCUUUCUUUCUUUCUUUCUUUCUUUCUUUCUUUCUUGAAAUACCUAUAUUCUUUUUAUAUUUUCCUUUCUUUCUUUCUUUUAAUAUCUAUAUUCAUUUCAUGAUUCAUCUUUCUUUCAAAAUUUAUUCCUUUCCUCCUCCUGAUUUAUUUAAGUUCAUAUCUACCUUUCUAUCUAUCUUUCUUUCUUCUUUAUUUCAUUCUAUGCUUCCAUACCUAUAUUCCUCUCAUCUUAUUUUUCUUUCAUUCAUUCUUUCAUUAGAUACGCAUAUUCCUGUCAACUUUCUUUUUUCAUUUUUUCUAAAUACCAAUAUUCCUUUCUCUUAUUUUUUGUUUCGUCUUUGUUUUCUGCUUUCUUUCCCUUUCUAUCUACCAUUCUUUUUGUUUGCCGUCUCUCGCCCCCCUUUUUUUAUCUUGCUUCUCUCCCUGUUCUUUCUUCUCUUCCCUAAUAAACCUUCCUUUUGUUCUCUGUCUGCUUACUUUCUCUCGCAUUGUCUUUGUUCAUAUCGUCUGCAUUUCUCCUCAGCCGCCAUCUUUCUCGACCUAACCUUCUGUCGCUGUGAUUUUCUCAUCUGUCAGCUGUUCACACACCCUUUUUUCUUGUUCCCAUUGUCGUACACUAACCGCACCUUUUUCGGCCCUACCCCCUUAGCGCAACGAAGCAAACCCCUUCGCAUCGUUUCUUUCUUUCUUUAUUCGAAAUUCAGUUUUUAUUCAAUUUCUUGUUUGCAGACCGGGAAAGGCAUUUUUUUCAUCCAUUCUCUUUUUUUUUAUAAUCUCCUUCAUUUUCUUUUGUUUAUAAAUAAUAUCCUUCAUUCCUUCGUUCUUUCGUUCCUUCCUUCCAUUCCCUCUCUCUAUCUUUUCUAUUUUUUUCCAUUCUUCUGCUCUUUCCUCCAUUCCUUCCUUUUUUCCUUGCUUUUUUCUUUCAUUCCGUCUUGCUUUCUUUCCUUCCUUCCUUCCUUCCUUCCUUCCUUCCUUCCUUCCUUCCUUCCUUCCUUCCUACCCGCCUGUCCGCCUGUCUCCAAGCCCACCGUCCUCCGAUUUUAUCUUCUGUCACCUUUUACAUUUUUGUUUCUUUGUUUGUUUCUUUCUUUUAUCAUCCUUUUUCAUUUUUUCGUUUAUUUUCCAUUUCUUUCUUUUUUCUUUUCUCAUUUUAUCUUUCUUCUAUGA